AUGGCCAUGAGGUGCUGCGGAACAGUCUUGUCUCCCACGGCCUGUCUGAUGGUCAGAGCACUUUUGGGAACGUCAAUUGCCAACGACCGUGCCAACGCGAGGUUCCCCAGCCUGGUGGGGGACUCUCGCAGUCUUGUGAAGAAAGAGCCUGUUUCAGACUCGGCAGAAACCUGCAAUUUGUUGUCCAACGUUUCUGGCUCUGCCUUCAGCGACCGUGGGAAAAGGUCCAGAAUGUUGAUUACCCACCACAAGUAA